GAACAAUUACAACAUGCCCCCAUCCCCCGAACGGCGACCAACCAGCGAAUACGGGACGUGCACAGCGUGCGAGAAUGCUGCCGCGCACGACAAGCUCAUGCAGCUAUCGCAGCCAUGGAACCCGUUGCGUCGACCGACAUGGCAGUCUGCCGUCGUCACCUCGGUUGGCGCGUUCAUUGUGUUUCUUGCCAACCAGCUCACGACGCUUCUCGUCGGAUUCUACCCUCUCUAUGCAAAGCAAUCCCUUGGAGCAUCAGAGCUUCAGAUAUCGGCGUUGUUUUCGAUUUACCCCAUUUGCAUCAUGGUGGCAUGUCCAGCCGGCUCGUACCUCACCACACGACUCGGCCGCAACGCUGUCAUAUGCCUUGGUCUGUUUGUCAGUGGACUUUCGACCAUUUGGUUCGCCUACUGCACGUCUGUUAACAUUCUCGUAGUUCUCCGUGGUAUUCAAGGCCUCGGUGCGGGAAUGUCCAUUGUUGGCAGCGUUUCUAUGAUCACUGAGCAAGCCACGAUGCUCGUCACGACUGCCAUUAGCAUCACAGAACUGGUCGUGGCGGUGGCAUUCGUCACAGCGCCUGCCAUUGGAAGCAUCCUCGUCGAAUGGGGCGGAGUCUCGCUGCCAUUUCUCGCGUCUGGCUUGUGCCAACUCGCGUGCCUGAUGGUCAUCCCGUCGUUGUUUGUCGAGUACGGCUUGCCCGACGGUCUCUUGUUCCAAAUCGUCCGCCCUGGUAGCGACCCCAAGGCACCCCUUCGCUUUGCCGACGUCCUUACGUCGACCUCUCUCGUGUGCCUUAUGGUGACGACGGUUGUCAUGGGUGGCUUUGGCGUUGUCGACCCAACGCUAGGCACACACCUACAACACUCGCUCGGGGCCCAUGAGUCCGCCAUUGGCAUUGGUUUCAGCGUGUCGGCGCUCGUAUAUGUGGUGGGGGACUACGCGUUUACGUACCUCACGACGCAGUGUGGGUGCAAACCCAUCAUCCUCGGCGGCCUCACGUGCCUCUCCGCGAGCUUCUUAUGCCUUGGCGUGCCAUCCUUGGUCGGAAUUUAUGAGCCAACAACGGCAAAGUGGGGUCUCAAUGGAAUCGCGCUAGUCCUGUUGGGCUGUGGGUCCGCCCUGGCCAUCGCCCCUGGUGUCCCGCUGUCCCUCGCGAGCUUAACGUGCCUUGGGCUCAACCUUGCCGAGGCGCGGCCGUUGCUCAUCGGUCUCUUUGGCGGUGCCGUCUACUUUGGCCAGGCAGUUGGCCCGUGGUUCGCUUGGGUACUGUGCCAAGUGGUGCCGCUGGACGAAGGGUCGCCGUUGCCGUGGGUCUUUACUGUAUACGGCAUCAGUGUUGCGGUCGUGUGGUUGUACGUCUUUACGUGCCUUCCAAGCGGACAGGACAUUCAUGCACGCGUGUACGAGCGGUCGUUCAGCCUCCAGCGCCAAGUGUCUGAAUACGGCCAAUUCGUGUCGAUCGACGACGACGACGGCGAUACUGGUGAUGACGACAACAACAACCGCCUCCUCUCGUUUGAAGGCGGGAGUUAUGGCUCGAUGUCGCCGCAGAAACCAUUCUGAUGCUUGCUCCGAUCGCGUCCCACUUAACGUAGAGAAUGUCUUGCUUGGUGUUCCAAAGUCGUCGACGGACGAGCAAGCGCGACAACACGAUGCUGCUACCCUGUCGAAUGCGCGGUGGCCACCUGGGAGGGUGGCAUUCUGCGUGGCGCAGUCAUACCACCCCCUUCCAUCGAUGUAGAGCGUGUUGAACAAGGCCACUGCCAGGACGGUCGCGCAAGGCACAAGCGACGUGAUCUCCACAGCACGCAUGUGUCGUGGACGGGGGAGCCACUGUCGAUCCCGUCGCUCUGCCGGCCAGAAGUCAAGGAGAAGAGCUCAUGCUACUUGUAACUUAAACGUAUCGAAUGCCCUAGACGUCGUUUUCGUCGUCCGACGAUAUCGUGGCGUGGAGACCGUCCAGCAUGUCGUGAUACGAUCCUUCUAACGUGGCUUCGCUGAUGCGGAACAUCCCGCGCUGGGACAGACCGACUACGACGAGCAACGGCGACGUGUCGCGGAUGGGCUGUACGAACAGCGGCCGG